GGUGGCGCGGCGGAGCCGGUUCGGUUCGGCGGGGCCCAUGCGCGCGGCGCUGCGGGUUGGGGGGGCCCUGCUCGGUACCGAGCGGCGGAACGCGGCCUGCAGAGCUAUGGCCGGGCACAGCUCCGCCUCUACCGCCGGGAUCAUCGUCAUCGGGGAUGAGAUCCUCAAGGGCCACACUCAGGACACGAACUCCUUCUUCAUGUGCCGGCGGUUGCGUGCCCUGGGUGUGCGCGUGGCCCGCGUCUCCGUGGUGCCCGACGAGGUGGACACCAUCGCUGCUGAAGUGGCCGCUUUCGCCUCCCGUUUCACCUUCGUGCUGACCUCGGGGGGCAUCGGCCCCACUCACGACGACGUCACCUUCGAGGCCGUGGCCAAAGCUUUUGGGGAGAAGGUGGCCCCGCACCCGGAGCUGGUGGCCCUGGUGCAUAAGUUCUUCGGUAAGACAGACAUGCAGUGCCCUGAGAUGAAGCUGGCUCGCAUCCCCGAGUCCUCACGCCUCAACUAUGGCACAGACCAACUCACAGGCAGUGCCUUUAAGUACCCUCUGGUCAGCGUCCGCAAUGUCUACAUCUUCCCGGGCAUCCCAGCGCUAAUGGAGCGUGCCCUGGAUGGCCUCAGCCAUCUCUUCCGCAGUGAGCAGACCUGCUUUCACUCCCGUGCCAUCUACGUGGCAGCUGACGAGGUGCAGAUUGCUCCCGUGCUGGAUCAGGCCAAUGCCAGCUUCCAGGGCCGUGUGAGUUUGGGCUCCUAUCCGGACUGGGCCAACAAUUAUUACCGUGUGAAACUGACGCUGGACUCGGAGUCGGAGCAGCACUUGGAGGAGGCACAUCGCUUCCUGAUGGAGAAGCUGCCGCCGGGUGUGGUGGUGCCGUUGGUGAUUGACUGCGUCUCGAGGGCGGCCGCUGAGGUUUAUGCCCUGGCUGAGUCAGCAGGCUCAGCCCUGGGACAGAAGGUGACAGCAGCACUGCGGACCAUUGAGGAGGCUUUGGACCGGUACAGCCUGGCCCAGCUCUGCGUGGGUUUCAACGGGGGCAAGGACUGCACAGCCCUGCUGCACCUCGUCCAUGCUGCUGUGGAGAGGCGGUUCCCGGAGAGGCAGGAGAAGCUGAAGGUGCUCUACAUCCGCAUCGUGUCCCCCUUCCCUGAAAUGGAGCAGUUCAUCCAGGCGACCGUGCAGAGGUACAACAUCCAGCUGUGCACAGUGGAGGGCUCCAUCCGGGAUGCCCUGCUCACCCUGAAGGAGCAGCAGCCACAGCUGGAGGCCGUUUUGAUGGGCACGCGGCGCACCGACCCCUACUCGUGCACCCUGACCCCCAUGUGCAUGACAGACCCUGACUGGCCCCAGUACAUGCGGGUGAACCCGCUGCUGGACUGGACAUACAGGGACAUCUGGGAGUUCCUGCGCAAGCUCUUCGUCCCCUACUGCGUCCUCUACGACAAGGGCUACACCUCCCUGGGGAGCAUGGCCAACACAAUGAAGAACCCAGCGCUGCUCUACACUGACACCCGAGGCCGGGAGUGCUACCGACCCGCCUACGAGCUGGAAAACGAGGAGGAUGAGCGCACGUCCCGCCGGUGAGAGCUCGGGGAGCUGCACCGAGACCGAUGGCAUCCACGAGCGUCAUCCCCGCUGCUGGGGACAGCGCUGAAUAAACCUGCUGUGCUCAGCA